CCACCUCUCCCUUGUGAGCCCGCCCCCAUCCCCCCGGAAGUCGCGCCCCGUCUCGCGAGAGCCCGGGGGGUCAGAGGCCGCCCAGAAAGUCGAUACAAUUGUGAUUGGACUUUAAACGGAGAUUUUAAAAAUGGCGAUGACACACUUCCGGCGGGCUGGGGUAGCGCUUCCGGGUCAGGCGCGGGGCGGCGGCGAGAGGCGGCCCCUGGCCCGGCCGCUCGGUGCCAUGUCUGUCUUCCGCUCAGGCCUGCUGGUGCUCACCGCCCCGCUCUCUGCCCUGUCUCUGCGCCUUGUGCCCAUCCUGGCCUCGGCCUCCCGGAUCGUGGAGGACACGCUCUACAUUCACCUACAGCCGGGCCUCAGCUUGACAGGUUCUUCCCAGCCCAGGUCCACUUACGUGCCAGCCACACCCGAGGUCUAUAGCCUCAUCAACAAGCUGUAUGUGGAUGCUGACAUCCACAGCCACCUCGACGUGCGGGUCCUGCUGACGAACAUCCGCAACCAGAGCCUGGCGCCACAGUCGCUUUCCUCAGUGCAGAACCUCUCUCACCCGCCCGAGGUGAUCCUGACCGACUUCCAGACCAGUGAUGGGGGCCAGUACAACCCAGUGAAGCAGCGCCUGGAGCGUUAUGCCACCAGCUCUUACAGUUGCAGGCCCAAUCUUAUCUCUGUGCUGCUGUACCCAGAGUAUGAGCCCAUGAUGGACGAGAGCGAGCUGCCCCCAUGGGAGCCAGACUUGGAUGGCAGGGCCCUGCAGAGUUACAGUGAUGUCGUUGUCGGGGGCACUUUUGACAGACUCCAUAAUGCUCACAAGAUCCUUCUGAGUGCAUGCUGCCUGCUGGCUGAGAACCGGCUUCUGGUUGGUGUCUCUGACAAGGAUCUUCUGGAGAAUAAGAUGCUGAAGGAGCUGAUCCAACCAUAUGAGCAACGAGUGGAGAAGCUCUGUGAGUUCCUGGUGGACGUGAAGCCCUCUUUGCGUUAUGACAUUGUGCCUCUGGUAGACCCCUAUGGCCCAUCGAUAACGGACCCUGACUUGGAGUGUAUAGUAGUCAGUGAGGAGACCUGCAAGGGAGGGGUGGCCGUGAACAAGAAGAGACUUGAAAAUGGGCUCUCCGAACUAGCCCUCCAUGAGAUCCUGCUGGUUAAAAACCCCAGUCAUGGAGAGAAUGAAGAGGAAAAGAUCAGCUCCUCCAGCAUCCGGCAGAGGCUGCUCGGAACACUGCUGCAGCCGCCACAGAAAGACCCAGCCCGGCCUUCUCGUCCCUAUGUGAUCGGUCUGACUGGGGGAACUGGAAGUGGGAAAAGUUCCAUUGCCAGACACUUGGAACAUCUAGGAGCUUUCUGCAUCGAUGUUGACAAACUUGGCCAUGAAGCCUAUGCCCCUGGUGGCCCUGCAUAUGAACAGGUGGUGGAGGAGUUCGGAAAAGACAUUUUGAAUGAAGAUGGGACAAUUAACAGGAAAAUCCUUGGGGACAAAGUGUUUGGAAACCAGGAGCGGUUGAAGUGUCUCACAGACAUCGUGUGGCCUGUGAUCGCUAAGAUGACACAGAGGCAGCUGAAGGAAGCGGCAGUACAGGGUAAAGCGGUGUGUGUGCUGGAUGCUGCAGUGCUGCUGGAGGCUGGCUGGACAGACAUGGUCCAUGAGGUAUGGAUGGCCAGCGUCCCGGAGAAGGAGGCCCUGUGCCGCAUCAUGGCCAGAGACGGACUGAGUGAAGAGGCUGCUCGGAACAGGCUGCAGAGCCAGCUGAACAACAGCCAGAGGGUGAAGCAGUCACAUGUUGUGUUGUACACCCUCUGGGAGCUGGAGGCAACCCAGAAACAGGUGGAGAAGGCCUGGGCCCUCCUGCAGCAGCGCAUCGGCCAAGACUAGAGUCUGAGGAAAACCACCAGGUCCCAUCACUCCCGUCUCAUCUUCAUGCACAGUCAGACUGGGAAUCACAGCACAGCUGGGCCCUGCUGCCAGGGGCUGAGUGCAUACGCACUUGACCCCACUGUGUAUCUCACACCGUGUUCUAGCAUCACAUGUCCUCAGUCAGCAGGGCACAAUUCAGGUCUCAGCUGGGUGGUUAAAAUGGCACAUCUGGUGUCGAGGGGAAGGGGCUGGGGGCAGAGACAUCCUGCUUUACUGUUGCUAAAGGCCCUGACCAAGAGGCAGUACCCUGCUGCGGGAACAAAGGGCAAUGAGGGGCAGCUGCUCUGAGCUUUCAGCAUGGGCACAAGCCAGGAAGGCAGCAGCAGCACUUGCCUGAUGUGACCGAUGUCCCCUGCACCGUCUGAGGCUGCCAUCUCAGAGGAGCCAGAGAACACUGCCACACAGCAUGUCCCAGUAGUAGACCCAGCUACAUUUGCCACCCUAGUCAUCUUUGGGUUACACUGUAUGGAGCCGGGACAUGAGCGCAGUCACCCCCUUGUAUGAUCAGUAUUGUUGGGUUGUCCCCCUUUCUCACUGGAUGGGCCGCCGUGGUAUGGGUUGCCAGACCUGGGUGUACUGUGUACCCUGCAGGCAUGUGUCAGUUAAAAGUCCGGUUUGCGCA